UUCAGGCCUACCCUCCUGCUGCAACUCUGCAAGCACCGAAAAUGCUGUAUCUGCACCUUUCUUUCUAUACGAUCACUUCUCGUUCCCAAUAUUUUGAUAUUCAGUACACAUUUUCAACGUUUCUUAUGAUCAAACUACUCCGUCGUAUUUACGGAGUAUUAAUGUAUUAUACUUUUCUUAUACUCAAUACUCUGUAUAUAUCAUCUUUUACUGUUAAUUUUUUUUUUUGAGAUUACGGAGUAUUAUUCUGUUAAUAUUACGGAAUAUUAUGAUAAUAUUACGGAGUAUUUUAUUGUCAUCAUUACUGUAUGCAUGAUGCCUUCCAGUGAGUAUAUAAACCCGACGCGAUCACCAUGUGUUCGGAUUUUCAAAUUCUUACGCCUUUCUUCAUUCAUUCGGUGCGAAACAUUGUUCUCUUUGGGGUCCGAAUCAAUUAUCCAAUCUUGAAUAUUCUCAAGAUUACAAGGGUGCAAAUCAAGGUUUUGACUAGGAGGUUGUGAAAUGGAGAGAGGGACGGAAAGGCCAAGCCAUGAAGUGGUUGGGAAUGAAGAAAUUAAGGAAGUUGAUGAGGUUUCUGGGGCUCCAAAAGAUGGCAUUACUUCAGAAGAGAUGGAAUCAGAUAUGGGGGGUUCUGAAAUUUUUUGUGCCAAUAACCAUCUUACAGGGUUUGAAGAAACUGACCCUGCUAAGGAUGGUGCAGUUAAUCUGGAUUGUGAACAUCAUACUCGGAAGACAGGGUGGAGAAUGCGAGUAUCAUCAGAUGAAGAUGAUGAAGAUGAUGUAAUAGUUGUGGCUGAAGUUAAAGGGAAGGGAAAACAAGUUGAACAAAUGAAUACACAUGAGGUACAUGAAAUAUCUAGUGAUGAUGGAAUGGAGAUGGAAUGGGAACCAGAAGUUAAGAACACACCUACAUAUAGAAGUUUUGUUCCUGGGGUUGGAGAAAUGGAGAUGAACAGUAGGCUUGGAGGUGGCAAUACAUGGGGUGGUGCACGGAGAUACACUAUAGAAGAAAAAGGGAAAGCUAAAGUUGACGGUUCUUCGCAAUCACUAGCUGCCAGUAAGCAGACUCAAAUGGAUGCCAUACCUGAGGGACAGGUAAUUGGAAGACGAAGAAGAACUUUAUGGUACAGACAAUUCCAUAAUCUGGAAUCGGAGGAAAGCUCUGAAUCUGAUUCGGAAUCGGAGGAAGAUACCAUAUCUGAGGGACAGGAAAAUGGAUAUCAAAGAAGAACCAUAUGGCCCAAAUAUUUCUAUAAUGUGGAACCGGGGGAAAGCUUUGGAUUUCAUUUGGAAUCGGACCAAGAUACCUUUUUAGCAGUUUCAGCCUUAGUAAAACUAGCAAGGGAGGAGGCAGCUAACAAAGCUGCAAGGAAAGUAGGUGUGGUAAGGCGAUAUGCAUAUAAAGAUAGAGCUCAUACAGUUACAAGUGACAUGGCACGCCGAAUUGCGCGGUCCAAUCAUCAGGAAGUGGAUAACGAUCUAUCCUCUUCUGGGUUGAAAGAAAAGUCACCACCCAUAGAAAUGUUUGAAGAGUUAGGAAGCUCUCUUGAUCCCUUUUCUACAGCACUGAAGAUGGUCAAGGAGCGAGGCCUAAAGAAGAAAACGAAUUUAUCUCAUAAUCCUGUCCUUAACCUUAAUCAUUCUACCCCUCGUGUUCCUACACUACUAAGUCUUUCUUUGAAAACUCUUGCACAAAAUGCGGGAGCUUUGGUUUCGCUUGAGGGAAUCCCUUGUAAUCUGAGGAAAAGACUCACUGACUUGUUAUGUGAUUCGAGGAGAAUGAAUAAGCAUAUGCUGAACCUUCUUUUAAAGGGAUCCCCGACUGAGAUCAGGAUAAAAGACUGUUCAUGGUUGACUGAGAUUGAACUUUCUAAAUCAUUCCUUGACUUUGAUGGGAAAAUGUUGAUGGUUCUUCAGCUUGACCUUUGUGGGCAGGGCAUGACUGAUCAUGUGUUGGCUAGAACCUUUGUUAGAUCUUCUAUUGGUUUUCCGAAUUUGAGAAUUCUAUCUAUAAAGGGUGCAUGCCGUAUAACGGAUAGUGCAUUAACAUCAAUUGUAGCUUCAGCGCCAUUUCUGCAGUCAAUUAAUUUGGGACAGUGCUCUCUUCUUACACACAUGUGUAUUGAAAUUAUAUCGAAUUCACUGGGUGGACUUCUUAAGGAGCUUUACAUCAAUGAAUGCCUAAUGAUAGAUGUUAUGAGUGCUAUCCCUGCUUUAAAAAAAUUGAAAUGUUUGGAAGUGUUGUCAGUUGCUAGAAUUCAGACCGUAUGUGACAAGUUUGUUUCUGAAAUUAUGGAGGGAUUUGGUCAAAAUCUGAAGGAGCUUGAUCUCUUUGACUGCGACAACUUGACUGACUCUUCUAUGAAGGCUAUAGGAGAUGCAUGUGCAAAUUUGCGCUCAUUAAAUAUUUCAAACCUACAGAAAUUGACAGAUAGAGGAAUACAGUUUCUCACUAAUGGUUGUAGAUCAAUUCAAAGGCUCUAUCUUCAACGCAAUGAUUUUAGUGAUGAGGCUCUUGCUGCGUACAUUGAAGCUUCUGGACAGUGUCUGAAGGAACUUUCCCUUAAUAAUUGCUCCAAGAUUUUGUAGGUAAACCUCAACACUGCAUUGUCACUUGCCAAAUGUGCAAGAGAGUUGGUAUUUUUGGACUUAUCUUGGUGUCGUAGAGUAAGUGAUGAGGCUCUAGGGCUGAUUUUAGACAGCUGCCCCCUGAAGCUGGUCAAACUAUUCGGCUGCACACAGGUCAGCUUUACCAGAAGAUGUUUUUGAACAAACUGAUGCACCUAUAAUCCUAAAAAACUAAAAUUGACCGCAUAGUUGUCUCUCUAACAGAUCACAGCUUCAUACGUGCACGGUCACCCAAACUCGACAGUGCAAAUUGUUGGGUUGAAUUUAGCACCCAUAAUGGACAACAUUGACCAACUUGAACCACCGGAUGUUUUACUGCGCUAUUCACCUCUCAUGCCAUUUCCUGGUCAGAGCAUUUGAUCAAGCCUAUUGUCAUAUGUUGGAUUGAUUGAAAAGAUAAAGCUAUUUUUCCUUGGGCUUGCUUCUUUUGGUCGUACAUAACAUACAUAGUUAGUUGUAUAGCUGCGAGCCUGGGAGAAUGUAUAUCCUGCACUGUUUUCAUUUGAGUAGAAAUUUUAGGAUCAAAGUAUUGAUUGAUCAUAUUGUUGAUUGUGUAUGCUAUAGCUUUUGGGACAGAGAUACAGUUCACAGCCCCCUUCCUGCUAAGGCACAGAAGCAUUACAUACAGUUAAGAGAACUCUUGGAAGUGGAAAGGAUUAUAAUCAAGUAAUACAAUACUCGGA